AUGACCCUGUCGUCGCAGCCUAGCUCGGCGGAGAAGGCUAUCCGCAAGAUUGACAUCGCUCAGGUUUCUCUGAGUCUACAGGACCGACUCGGCCUCGCCAAACUCAAGUACCAACAUGGCCGGCUUCAUGGUUUGAUGCCGACUCAGGACAGCAGCGACAAGCCCUCCGACUCCUCGUCCAACUUCUCUCGCAGCCGCUGCGAGACCCCGAUGACCUCCCCUCCCCUCCGAGCCGCAACUUAUUCCAAGGAGCUGCCUCGGUCGGCCCGCAACAAGCAUGCUGUCACCUUCAAUUCUCGGAUCAUGCAGCCCAUGCUGUCGGCCAGCCGCAAGCGUGUCCGGGCCGAUUCUGAUGCUGAACGUCCGGCCAAGGCGGCUCGAGUGUCAUGGAAGAGUUCCUACCAACUCCCGGCGUCCUCUCCAGGCCUCAAUCGGCAUCUGACAAGCCGGCGAACUCAUGUCUCCAUGUCCGAAGCCACGAUCCCCGAGCUGUCCUCCCCUGCAUAUCACGGUCCCUCUGAUGAGGAGAACGACCCCGAUCUCCCUCUACAUAGCUUCCAGCAUGUGAGCUCCAUGGUGGGCUCUUCGCCCCCUCGGACCCCACCUCCCAAGCAUGCCCGCUUGUCCCGGGGUGACCGUCCCUCGCAGCACGAGGAUGGAGCCGAUCUGCUUUUAUACCUGGCCAAUUCGCCCACUCCAGCCCGCAUGGCCGGCGGCUCGCAGCAGGUGUUCCCACCUUCCACACCACCCAGCCAGCAUACAGUCCUGCCGACCCUCACUCCCAACCUGGGGACUCCAGGCCAGCAGUUCAACUUUGCUGAUUUCGUCAACGUGACUCCCAGUCCGGCUCAGCCUGCAUGGGGAGGCCGUACUCCGGGCAAUCCGGCUCGUACGCCUCUUUCCACUAAGGAUGCCCGCAAGCGACUGAACUUUGACGCGCUAGUUCCGCCCAGUACGUCGAGUCCCCGCUUUCGUGGAAAUGAGAGCGGACUGGCUCUGCAGCUUGGUGGCGAGCUACGGCCUUAA